AUGACGACUAGACCGAAAAUUAAAGUGGCAUCGAUUAUAAACGGAAAAUAUUUGGUGAGCUACAGUAAUCCAGGAGUACUGUAGUGGAGCUUGAUUUACAGUAAUUCUGGACUACAGUAACCUUUAGAAAAAAAUAAGCAGUCCCAAAUUUCUUUUGGGUCUGCCAAUUAUUUAUUGAACAUUUUGUGUUCUGCAAAUAAAACGACAGAUAGUUCAGUGGUAAAACUCUCGAUUAUGAAUCUGAUGGUGGCGAGUUCGAUCCCUCCUGCAUGCGAACUUUUAUUUUUUUUUUAACCCAAAAACAAUUCCAGGCGUUCCGAAAACUUGGCGAAGGUGGCUGUGGAUCAAUCUACGAAGUGGCCCUAGUCAAAUGCCCCCAAAAACGAUUUGCAUGCAAAGCCGAAACUACAGUACCCGAUGAAGAUCCAACUCUACCAAUGGAGCACAAAGUGAUUCAACUCUUAAAUGAGCGAAAUUCUCAACAUUCCGUGGAGCUUUUGGAAAAAGGCAAGGGCGAAAAUUAUCAAUUUCUGGUGAUGACUCUGUUGGGGCCAUCUUUGGAUGCGAUUCGCGCCACUUUACCGCUCAAAAAAUUCUCGACGUUUUCGACGUUGGUUGUGAUUAUACAGGCGUUGGAUUCGUUGAAGGAAUUGCAUGAUAUUGGGUGGGUUUUUGCAAACGACACUCCGCGUUGAUUACACUGCCUUUCGAAAAAAAAUUCAAGAAAAAACAAUUUUAAAAAAAAAACAAUUUUUCCUAUUUUUUGACAUUUUUUCCACACAAAAAUGAAAAAAAAAUAGAAUCAAAAAAAUUUUUUUUUUAAUUUUUUUUUGUUCAAAAACAGAAAAUUCGUUAAUUUCAUCGUUUCCAGCACGAAAAAUAACCCUAAAACCAAAUUCAAAAAAAUUUUUUUUAAAAAACAACGACACUCCGCAAUGACGCGUUGUGUAGUUCUCGCGGACAAGUUUCGAAAAUUUUCUUUUUUUCUCGGUUUCGCGCUAUUUUUUACGACACUCCGCGUAGAUUACACUGCAUUUUCGAAAAAAAAUACUAAAAAUAACUAUUUUUGACAAAAAAUUUCGUCAAAAAACUAUAUUUUUUCCUAUUUUUUGACAUUUUUUCCACACAAAAAUAAAAAAAAUGUCAAAAAAUCAGAAAAUUCGGUAAUUUCAUCGUUUCCAGCACGAAAAAUAACCCUAAAACCAAGAAAAAAUUUUUAAAAAACAACGAUACUCCGCAAUGACGCGUUGUGUAGUUCUCGCGGACAAGUUUCGAAAAUUUUAUUUUUUCUCGGUUUCGCGCUAUUUUUUUACGACACUCCGCGUUGAUUACACUGCCUUAGCUGCGAAAAUCACGAAAUUUCAGAAAAAUGUGAGCUUUUUUGACAAAAAUCAGAAAAUUCGGCUUUUUUGACAAAAAACUAUAUUUUUUCCUAUUUUUUGACAUUUUUUCCACACAAAAAUGAAAAAAAAAAUGUCAAAAAAUGUUUUUUUUUUACAAAAAUCAGAAAAUUCGGUAAUUUCAUCGUUUCCAGCACGAAAAAUAACCCUAAAACCAAGAAAAAAAAUUUAAAAAAAAACAACGACACUCCGCAAUGACGCGUUGUGUAGUUCUCGCGGACAAGUUUCGAAAAUUUUCUUUUUUUUCGGUUUUGCGUCAUUUUUCAUGUUUUUGAAGCGUUUUCUCAAUCAAAAAUCGAUAAACGACACUCCGCUUGAUGACACUGCAUGUGUUUUUCUUUUUCGAAUGAAAUUUUCGCAAAAAUCGCGCAAACAACACUCCGCGCGAUGUUUUCCCUAAAAAACUAUCAACCGCGCUCCACCGAACUCAUCAAUUUUUUCCAGCUUCAUUCAUCGUGACGUCAAACCGGCCAACUUUGCCAUCGGAACCCUCGGCACCCCGAAACAGCGACUUCUACACGUUUUGGAUUUCGGAAUCGCUCGACAAUAUGUGGUGAGUGUUUUUUUGCGCCAACAAAUGUUUUGCUGACGCAUUUUUUGUUGUUUCGCAGACAAAAACCGAAGAUGGACGUCAGAAAAUGAGAAGACAACGUAAAAUUGUGCCGUUUCGUGGAACAUUGCGAUAUUGUUCAGUGGCGACGCAGGAGCGAAAAGAGCAAGGAAGACAUGACGAUUUGUGGAGUCUGUUUUAUAUGUUGGUCGAAUUUUCGAAAGGUUAGGGUAGCCUAAUUAGGCUAAUCCACGUGGCAAUUUGCAUUUUUGUUUCAAAUUUCAGGUUCUCUACCAUGGGAAGGUCUUACCGAUGAAGAAGAGUUGCGAAAACUCAAAAGUGACAUGCAAGAACUCACCAACGGACUCGAUGAAGAAUAUGUGAGCAACAAGUCGUCUAUUCUAGCAAACCCGAUUAUGAAAUUUUGCGAAGAUUGUUAUUGAACGUGUUCAUUCGCCGCAAAUUCAAGGCGAAUAUGAAGGUUGAUUGGGAGCAUGGCGGGAGAUUUGAGCACUAUUUUGAGAAGAAAACGGCGACGUUGUAAGUGCAACAAAAAAAAAAGGAUGGGCUGAACCGGGGAUUGAACCCGCGACCUCUCGCACCCAAAGCGAGAAUACAUACCACUAGACCAUUCGGCCACACAUUUUCCCCUCUCUUUAAUUGUCAUGAUAAUAGUGUUGCAGGCCAACUGUGACGGAGAAAGAUAUGACAAACGUGGAAUUAGAAAAGUUAUUGGCAGUUCCGGAGAAGGUUGUGAAAGUGACAUUGGAAGUGAGUUAUGACGUGGCAAAAUUUAAAAAAAUCAAACUUUCAGGAAAAUAAUCCAUGGAAGUGAGUGCGGAUAAUUCAUGCAACGAUGAUACGCAAUUCCGGCGAUAGAAAAUUAAAAUCUGUCCGUCGCAAAAUGAGUCGCGAGAAAAACAAAAUCAUGCAAAUCGAGCCUGCAAAAUCUAUCGAGUUUUCACCACGACAAUUCCGUCAAGACAACAUGCGCAAAAAAAAGUCGCGCAACAAGAAAGUCGCUGGAAACAAAAAGCUGAAGUGGAGAAAAAGGAGCGAUUGGCGAAGAAAAUCGAAGCGCAACGAAGAGCCAAAGAAGAUGUUGUGGUGCCGGAAGAAAUUGCGACGGAGAUGAAGAAAAGGAAAUGA